CAACUACUCCAGUUGUACCAGAAGCUGCUACGAAGGAAUUCAAAAUUUCAAAAGAAACUGGCAUUCCGAAAGUAUCUGAUGAAAUUCCAAAAGGUAAAAAAAGCAAAAGAAAACAAUUGAAAAUAUUCCAGAAAAUUAUACACGAAGAACUAGUAAGAGAAUUAAGAGUAUAG